AUGGCACAAAAACUCGAUAUUGACUAUGAAACAACUAUUUUCACACUUAAACCAGAUAGGUUAGGUCCUAAUAAAGCUACUUUAUUACAUGCUCGAACAACAAAUAAUAAGAAUCAGCAUUUUUAUAAAGCAAUUCUUUAUUUACAUGGAUAUAUUGAUUAUUAUUUUCAUGAUCAUGUAUGUAUACGUUUUUUGGAACAUGGAUAUGAUUUUUAUGCUCUUGAUAUGCGUAAAUGUGGACGAUCAAUUAUUUCACCUGAACAAGAUAAAUACAUACAUUAUUGUACUGAUCUUCAUGAAUAUGAUGAAGAAAUUACACUUGCAAUUGAACAUAUUAUUAAAGAAGCGAAAGAUAAAGAAAGAAAAAUUCUACUUUUCGGACAUUCAACUGGAGGUCUUAUUGCUACUUUAUAUGCAUCCUCUGGUUUAAGACAUACUGAUAUAGAUGCUGUUAUACUUAAUAGUCCUUAUUUAACUCCAAUGAACACAACUUUUGUUGAAACAAUGCUUUUAGGUAUUCUUAUGAAACUACGUAAAUCUCAAAAUAUAGAUGCUGGUUGGUAUGGAAAAUCAAUACAUGUAUCAGAUAGAGGAGAAUGGAAUUUUGAUUUAAAUAAAAUACCAAUAGAUAAAUUUCCAUUACAUGGUACAUUUUUAUAUGCUGUACAUACAAUUCAAGAAGAUUUAGAAAAAAAACGAAUUUCAAUUUCAUGUCCAGUAUUAUUUAUGUGUUCAAAUCGUUCGAUAAAAGCAGAUAAGACAUGGCGUGAUGAAUAUGCUGAAGCUGAUAUUAUACUUGAUGUUAAAACUAUGAAAACUAUGGCUGCUACUAUUGGUUCACAAGUAACAAUUUAUGAAAUUGAAAAUGCUAAACAUGAUAUUUUCUUAUCAAAACAAUCUGUUCGUGAACAAGCAUUUGAUUUAAUGUUUCAAUGGCUUCAACAUUUAGAAGAUAAUUGGUUAAUUAAAACAAACAUUUAA